UCAUGACGCACUGGCGUACAGACGUGUACAGGCACGCACUAUGAUAACCGGAAGCAUCAAUAGAAGCGAUUGAGAAACGGCGAAAGAAAUCAUCACCUGUCGAUUGCGUCCAUAUAUAUCUCUCCUGCGCUCCCAUUAAUCUCCAUAGCCCACUUUCAUAACACCCAUACACUUUCGUUAAUUCACUGUCGAGUCGGUCUGAACGGAUAAAGUAGAGCUGGCAGUGUAAUUCUUUGCGCAAACUGGGGGUUUUGAAGGUGCGUUAUAGCCUCGCAGCAGAACAAAUGUAAACAAGCAGCUGAUCAGCUGUGCGGCCGAAGACGCGCAACGAAACGGCGUGAUGACAGCGACCCGCAGGGUUUGAUAAACAUAUUCUGUAUCAUAUAAAGCGAAAUUGGAGAUUAAUUUGCAUGCUAUAGAGUUUUUUUAGACGUUAGAGCAGUACACGAGGACAACUCCCAACCCAUCGCUUUCACCUCCAAUGCGGGCAGCAGCAGAUACAGAAUAAACGGCUUAUUUAUUUUUUUUAGUGAUUAGAAGGGUGAUAAAUAGAUUUAUUUGUCUUAACAUCUGCUUGAGGAUUGGAUAACUUCACGCCUAACAGGAAAAGCAACAGGAUUUGAGAAAUAACAAAGGAAAAAUAAGGUUAACAGUCCUUUCUGGGCCCCAAGGAAUAAAUAAAUAUCAGAAACGUAUUAAUAUUUACAUGAAGCUGGAACUUUGAGGCACCCAAACAUCACAUUUCCUGGGGAGCAGCACAGGUAAUAAACAGUUAAGGCUGAAGGAUCAGGACUGUCAUGGCACACCAGCAGAUGCCGAGCUCUCAGAAGGCUCUGAUGCUGGAGCUGAAAUCCCUGCAGGAGGAACCAGUGGAAGGUUUCCGCAUCACUCUGGUGGAGGAGUCGGACCUGUACAACUGGGAGGUGGCCAUCUUUGGCCCUCCAAACACACUUUAUGAAGGAGGCUACUUUAAGGCCCAUAUAAAAUUUCCUAUUGACUACCCCUACUCUCCUCCGACCUUCCGAUUCCUCACCAAGAUGUGGCAUCCAAACAUCUAUGAGAAUGGCGACGUGUGUAUUUCCAUCCUCCAUCCUCCUGUGGAUGACCCUCAGAGCGGAGAGCUGCCCUCAGAGCGAUGGAACCCCACACAGAAUGUCAGAACAAUCCUGCUGAGUGUGAUCUCACUGCUGAAUGAACCCAACACCUUUUCUCCGGCAAACGUGGAUGCCUCAGUCAUGUUUCGCAAGUGGAGGGACAGCAAAGGCAAGGACAAGGAAUACGCAGAGAUUAUAAGGAAGCAGGUGAUGUCCACUAAGGCAGAUGCAGAGCGAGAUGGAGUUAAAGUACCAACGACGCUAGCCGAGUACUGCAUCCAGACCAAAGUGCCUUCCCACGACAGUAGCUCUGACCUGCUCUAUGACGAUCUAUAUGACGACGACAUAGAGGAGGAGGAGGAUGACGAAGACGAGGCAGAGGCCAGUGGGAUUGGCAGUGAAAUGGCCGGGGACUGUUUUGGCGAUGAAGACGACUCUGGCAACGAGGAAUCUUGACCUCCUUCCACCGUUUCCGUGACACUGACCUUUGCCCUCUCACUAUUCUUUACCCUGACAGCCUCAUGUUUCAAAUUCUCUUUUCCUGUGCUUAAAGCUUUUGUUUUUCACUCUGUUCCAAAAAACUCAUUACUUAAGAUCUCUGUCCUUUUCAGCACCUCCCCGUUCAUAAGUAAAGUUCACUAUGGGUUCACAAAAUCAGUCAUUUUUAGUAACGUUUCACAUCCCACCUUCUCCUGCCUCUUAACCUCAGGGCUUUUGGAUAAUCAGAGCUUGUCAGGCCACCUUAAACAUGCUCAUUUCAAAAUGUUUUGUUAAUUGCAACCCUUUUUGAGGACUAGUUCCCUCAGAAAUUACAAUUCUGUUGUGAUUUACUCACCCUCAUGUUUCUAGAGAAAUUUUGUCAAGCUGUUUUGAGAUUUUUGAGCUGAUUUUUCCAAAAGUAAUAACUAAACAAUGCCAGUGUCCAAAUACACCUACUUCCCCUACUAUAUAGUAGGCAAAAACAGUACAUAAGAGAGAAAAAAAAAAAAGAGAGAAAAAGUCAGAAUUGCGAGAUGUGAACAAAAAACUCAAUUUCGAGAUAAAAACUCGCAAAUCAGAGAAAAAAAGUCAAAAUUUGGAAAUAUAAACUCGGAAUUCUGAGAAGAAAAGUCUUGAGUUGCAAGAUUUAAAUUCGUAAUUGACCCUUCGCAAAGAGCUUGAUUGACAGGCGAUCUGACCAAUCAUAACGCCGAAACCGCCAGCUUGUCCAGCAAACAAAUCAAACAGGAGAGUAGAUUAAAUUCGGUGGACUUUAACCUGAUGUCUUGAUGUCUUUCCGCAGUUUAAAUAAAAUACGUUCUGAUGUUCAUUCAUGUUUAUUUCAUGCUAUAACUAGUAAAGAGGAAGAGACACUUUAAAGAGCCAAAAAAUGGUAUCUAUUGUUUGAUUUUCUUAAAAAAAAAAAAAUUAAAAAAAAAACACAUUUUGAAAGCUGAGACCUUGUUUGAUACCAGAAAUAACCUGCUCUGUCUUGUCUGUUGGCGUGUUGUCAGUUUCCUCUUUUCUCCGCGAUGUAUUUUUCACUGCGUCAGAACAUGAUGUGUAGUGUCAAAGCAGCAUGGCUUGUCAGACAUAGCAACAUUAACUAAGGAGUCCAGGUUUUUGCGAAGGGUCAAUUGCAACAAUAAAAAAAUUAUGAGAUAAGAAGUUGCAAUUGCCUUUUUUUAUUAUUUAUUAUAUAGCGGAAACAAAAGAAUGACUGUGAGAUGUAAAGUUUGGAUUCAGAGAAAAAAGUCAGAAUUGCAAAAAACUUGCAAUAUACAAUGGCUUCAGUUCUUCCUUAUAUCACUAAAGCUUGAUUCUUGUGUUUCACAACCGAAUGCAGUGUGCCAGUUUGAAUCAAGAGAGCCACACAGAUUUGCAAUGAUGUGAGGGUGAGUAAAUAAAUGAUAAAACUUUAAUUUUUUUUCUAACUAACCCUUCAACCCACUCAUGAGGUAGUUACGCCUGGUAAAAUCAACAACAAGUGAAUGUUUUGUUCAUUUCCAAGUUACAGUUUCUUCAGAACUGUCUUUACAGUAUAGGGCUUCACCGAUUCCACUAUAUGUACCUAAGAUCCCACUUAGAAAGGUAAGUAGUAAAGGGUGGGAAAAUGGAGAAUGAAUAGACUGUUUCCUUCUCAUAAAAUAUAAUUUCGUCAUUUUGACCAGCCAUCCACAUCAGCAGGGUCACCUUCACAACUACAUCCUCUUAUGCGCAGCUCCUACCCCCAAAUCACCUGAGCUUUUUGAGCCAUUAAAUCACGGUGUCAGAUUAUAUGGCACAUGAAGGUGCUUUCAAGUGCUCAGCAACACUAGCAUUAAAAUACUUCCAGCACACCUUCAUUUCGCUGACCCAGAAACUAUGAUGAGACUGUUUAAGUCACUAUGAUGAUGUCCCACGUUCGGCCCCUAAUAUUCCAUCCACCAAUUUUGUCUGAAGGUAAUUAUACUGUUAUGCUUUUAAAUGUACACAUACUCUUGGUAAGUGAUCACGUAUGAGUGUCCGAGCAGCUGUACCAAACCGUUUCCUUUUCUCACUGAUUUUGACCGAAAAUCUUGGGAGUUGUUUUUUUAAGUAUGGGGUUUGAGAUCAGUGACUGCUGAAGACAUUUCGCUCAUCGGUGUGAGCCCUCUCAUCCCCGGUCUUAUGCUUUUUUGCGUUGGCAACGGUGCUGUCGUGGGCCGUAGCUUUCAAGAGCAUGCUUGUGUGUUUUAAUGUGUUUUAUAUGAUGUGUCAAUCAUCCGAUGAGGCACGUGAAUCCCUAAGGUCUCAUUAAUGAGGGUGAAAGCGUAGACGUUUAUGCACAUGGGGUCUCAGGUACACCUUUAUUCCCACAAACCAGCCAAGGACACGGAUGCUGAUUCCUGGUCCUACAAAACCCCUCCGGAAGGGAGUGUGGAUGUGAGGAUCGUGAGGAAACGGUGCUCUCGUACUCUCCCGAGCAUCAUGAACUCACUGAACUAUCUAGAACUAUCGUUCCCGGCUCAAUCGCUCCCUUAAACUUUUGGACUACGGGCCGAAAGGGCUUAACAGGGACGAUUAAAAUCGAUUAAAACGGACUGGAUUUUACACAUUCAGCAAGAGACUCGGUGUAAUGCACCCCUGUGCACAGCAAAACAACCAAGUUCAUUUCAAAAAGUGUCGUGACGUUAGUCAACAGUGGAUUUGUCUUGAAGGAUUUUAUUAUUUGUGUGUCAUGAGUGUGUUUUUAAUGUUUCAUUAAUGAUUUUUUUGUUUUUCAUAUGCUAUUCUUUGACAGGAUUUGUGGUCCUGAGUCAGAUCAAAAAAACCGAAGUCAUUAUUUGCUCUAA